AUGCACGCCCUCUCGUCGCUGUUCGUCCUGGGCACUUGCGCCGUCCAGGCUGCCCUGGGCCUGCCCGACGCCGCUCUCCGCGCAAAGCGGGAGGGCGCCAUCCUCAAGCGGUCCGUCGACUCGUUCGUCCAGACCGAGACGCCGAUCGCUUGGAGCAAGCUGCUCUGCAACAUUGGCUCCAACGGCUGUGCUGCUUCCGGGGCUGCGGCCGGCGUGGUCGUCGCAAGCCCUUCCAAGUCCGAGCCCGACUACUGGUACACGUGGACGAGAGAUUCGGCCCUGGUGCUGACGGGCAUCGCGGAUGCCUUUGCCCAGAACUACUCGGCCUCCCUGCAGAGCACCAUCCAGAACUACAUUGCCGCCCAGGCCAAGGUCCAGGGCGUGUCGAACCCCUCGGGCAGCCUCUCGGACGGUGCUGGUCUCGGCGAGCCCAAGUUCAUGGUCGACCUCAGCCAGUUCACCGGUGCUUGGGGCCGGCCGCAGAGAGACGGCCCGCCUCUCCGCGCCAUCGCCCUCACGCGGUAUGCCAGGUGGCUGAUCAACAACGGGUACACGGCCACGGCCGCGGAUGUCGUGUGGCCGGUCAUCAAGAACGACCUUGCCUACGCCGCUCAGUACUGGAACCAGACCGGCUUUGAUCUCUGGGAGGAGGUUCCUGGCAGCUCGUUCUUCACCAUUGCCAGCACUCACCGGGCUCUGGUCGAGGGCGCCUACCUUGCUGCCCAGCUGAACACCACAUGCAACGCUUGCAUUACCGUGGCCCCGCAGGUCCUGUGCUUCCAGCAGACCUUCUGGUCGGCAUCUGGCAGCUACGUCGUUUCCAACAUCAACACGGGCACCUCCCGGUCGGGCAAGGAUCUCAACUCGGUCCUGACCUCCAUUCACACCUUCGACCCGGCCGUCGGCUGCGAUGCCGUCACCUUCCAGCCCUGCAGCGACAGGGCGCUGGCUAACCACAAGGCGUACGUCGACUCGUUCCGCUCCGUCUACGCCAUCAACUCGGGCAUUGCCCAGGGCAAGGCCGUUGCCGUGGGCCGAUACUCGGAGGAUGUCUACUACAACGGCAACCCGUGGUACAUCGGCAACUUCGCAGCGGCCGAGCAGCUCUACGACGCCAUCUACGUCUGGAAGCAAGCGGGCUCCAUCACCGUGACCCAGCUGUCUCUGCCCUUCUUCAAGGACCUGAUCCCCUCCAUCGCCGCAGGCACGUACGCCAAGGGCUCGUCCACCUACCAGUCCAUCCUCGACGCCGUCUCCGCCUACGCCGACGACUUCAUCAACGUGGCCGCCAAGUACACGCCCGCAGACGGCUCGCUCGCCGAGCAGUUCGACCGCAACACGGGUAAGCCCAUCUCCGCCGCCGACCUGACCUGGUCCUACUCGGCCUUCCUCUCGGCCGCCGAGCGCCGCGCCGGUAUCGUGCCUGCGGGCUGGAGCGCCGAGAACGGCAAGACGCUCCCCAGCUCCUGCUCGCCCCUCGCCGUUAGGGGCACCUACGCCGCCGCCACCAAGACGUCCUUCCCGGCCAACCAGACGCCCAACCCGUCGGCCGCCCCGGCCCCUUCCCCGUUCCCGACGAACUGUGCCGACGCCAGCGAGGUGUAUGUCACCUUCAACGAGCGCGUGGCCACUCAGUGGGGGGAGAGCAUCAAGGUGGUGGGUAGCGUGGCCGAGCUGGGCAGCUGGAACGUGGCGGACGCCCCGGCGCUGUCGGCGAGCGGCUACACGAGCGAGAAUCCCAUAUGGAGCGCCACGGUGCCGCUGCCGGCCGGGCAAGCGGUGCAGUACAAGUAUGUCAAGGUCGGGUCCGACGGGAAGGUGACCUGGGAGUCGGAUCCGAACCGCAGCUUGACGGUCCAGAGUGCCGCCGGUCAGUGUGCGGCUAGCCUGACGGUGAAUGAUAGUUGGCGGUAA